AACGAUGCCGUUCUGAGCCAAUAAUGAUACUAUUUGCGGUGCAGACCCCAACAAGAACGAAGUCCUCACACUCUCUCGCUCUUUGAUUAAUCAAACCCUCGUUUUAGCUCUCUCUCUCAUCUGGGGUUACUGUUUCCUUUACAAACACUUUCUCUGUCACUCUGCACUCUUCCUCUUCCAUGUCAAGUCUCGCUUGCUAGGCUCUGCACACACAGCUAAGUUGAAUUUCUUCUUAUAAAAGAAUACUAGUAUUUGUUUCCCAAAUGAGUGACUCCACUGAUGAAGCCAAGCACAUCGAGAAGCUCUACGAGUUCGGCGAGAGACUCAAUGAGUCCAAGGACAAGUCUCAGAAUGUGAAGGAUUACCAGGGGAUUAUCGAUGCGGCUAAGACGAGCAUAAAGGCGAAGCAAUUAGCGGCUCAGCUUAUUCCGAGGUUCUUCAAGUUCUUCCCUGACCUCUCCAGCCAGGCAGUCGAUGCCCAUCUUGAUUUGAUCGAGGAAGAAGAGCUUGGGGUCCGGGUGCAAGCAAUUCGGGGGCUGCCACUAUUCUGCAAGGAUACACCAGAGUAUCUUUCCAAAAUUAUCGACAUUCUUGUGCAGCUCCUUGUAGCUGAAGAAAUUGUGGAACGGGAUGCUGUACAUAAAGCCCUUAUGUACUUACUGAGGCAGGAUGUGAAAGCCUCUUUAACUGCCUUGUUUAAGCACAUCGGGACAACUGAUGAACAAGGUCCAGAAGAUGUCCGUGAGAAAGUUUUAGGCUUUAUAAGAGAUAAGGUUUUCCGUCUCAAGGCUGAACUUUUGAGGCCUCAAGAGGAAAUGGAACGGCAUAUAACUGACUUGAUUAAAAAGGGCUUAGAAGAUGUAACUGCAGCAGAAUUCAAAAUGUUCAUGGACUUCUUAAGAAGUUUGAGCAUAUUUGGAGAUAAAGCUCCUCCAGAACGGAUGAAAGAACUUCUUGGAAUUAUUGAAGGACAGGCCGAUUUAGAUGCACAAUUUAACAUUUCAGAUGGAGAGCAUAUUGACAGGCUGAUAUCAUGCCUUUAUAUGGCACUUCCAUUUUUUCUGAGGGGUGCAUCAGGUAGCAAGUUUCUGAACUAUUUGAACAAUCACAUUAUUCCUGUUUUUGAUAAGCUUCCUGAGGAACGAAAGCUUGAUUUGCUCAAAGCACUUGCAGAAAUUUCGCCUUACACUCUGCCACAGGAUUCACGCCAGAUUCUUCCUUCUAUUGUGCAGUUAUUAAAGAAUUACAUGCCUCGGAGGAAGACUGGAGAAGAGAUGAACUUUACUUAUGUUGAAUGCUUGUUAUAUGCAUUUCACCAUUUAGCUCAUAAGGCUCCCAAUGCUACAAACAGCCUAUGUGGUUACAAGAUAGUUACUGGCCAGCCAUCAGAUAGGCUUGGGGAGGACUUCUCUGAGUUGUACAAGGAUCUCACUGAGAGGUUGAGUAAUGUAGAAGAGCUAACUAGGGCUACCAUGAAAAAGUUAACUCAGGGAAUGGCUGAGCAUAACAAAGCGAUGGCUGCUGCGAAGUCAGAUGAGGCAAAGGAUAACAUAAAAACUCAAAAACAGAAUACUACAACUGGGUUGCGAACUUGCAAUAACAUUUUGGCAAUGACAAAGCCAUUGCAUUUGAAGACGCCUUUAUUUAUUGGAGAUAAGAGUAUCAAUCCCUCCUGGAAAGAAGCAGUAAAACCUUCUGUGCCUUCCACCACGACAGCCACUGGAGGGAAACGACCUGCUACUACUGCUAAUGGGUCUGGCAACAUGGCAAAAAAGGGCCGUGGGUCUGGUGGCUUACAAAACCAACUAGUUAACAGGGCAUUGGAAGGAAUAUCUCAUGGAGGGAGGGGUGGUACAGGGGGCAGGGGCAGAGGUAGGGGGUGGGGUGGACGUGGAAGAGGAAGAGGCUAUAGGUAAAUUCGAUGCAUAUGUGUAAAGCGAACUACUGGAAUAUGGAAGAGCAUCUGUACCAGAAGAAAAUGGGUGAGAGUUGAUUAUGUAUGAAAAAAAUUCUUUUGUUGGAACGAGAUUUCAUACAUGGAGGGAAGUGACUCAUUUUCUAAUUUAUUGUGGACUAACCAACAAUCUUAUUCAAAUGGAGCUAGUCUAUCAGUUUGUAGAUUGGCUAGGGAGUAGGGUUUUAUGUUCCCAAUCUGAACCAAUUUAUGAGCAAAUCAAAGCUGUAUUGCUGGGCUAA